CGCGAGUGCACACGUGUGAUUCUAUACGGCCUACGGUUUAUUCUUCUGCUUUUUUUUGUUCUACAAGAGCCAAAGGUUUAGUGUUUUGGUGAUUCCCCGUUUGUCUCUUUUGCAACCAUACAACGCGUUAAUCUCGGCCUCUUAUCAUCCUAUUCAACAUCUUCCGUCUUCCGUGAGUUACUGCAGCAGUAUAGUCUCAUAGUAGCACCGUUACUGUGCUUGAACAUACUUUACGUUUCUGAUAGAGACUUCGUAGUGUGCUAGAAGCUCAGUAAAUCAAGUGUAACAUAUUGUACCUAGUACAUAAAAUUGUUGAGCUGUCAGUGUCGUGGCCUGUAUGUGAGAGGAGUAACUAAGGAUAUCUUACGAAACAAACAUUAAGAACAUUCAAACAAUUAGUGCCAGUGGCGUUUAUUGAUAUUAUAAGUGCAUUGAAAACUGUAGUGCGUUAUAUUGUGCGAUUCUAGUGUGUUAGUGAAUAAAAUAUCGAUCAGAAAAGAGCUUCAACACACGUUCCGCAGGAGCUACCGUACAUACUUCAUCUAACUUGCCGUUUAGAAUGGCCCCACCCAACAAUGAGUGUACGUAUGAAGUAAUCAACAAUGUCGCCGCUUCGGAGGAGGUGGCCCAACGAUCUACCGAAAACGACGAGCUGCCCAAGAUGCAGAUGGCAUGGGAGACUCCGGCCGCUCAAGGGCUUUACGAUCCACAGAAUGAGCACGAAGCGUGUGGCGUUGGUUUCAUCGUGUCGAUCGAAGGAAAACCGAACCAUAAGAUUUUACGCGAUGCUCAAACCCUUGCCAUACGCAUGAACCAUCGAGGUGCGUGCGCCUGUGAUAACGAUACCGGCGACGGUGCAGGUGUUUGCACCUCGAUUCCGCAUCAGCUGUAUGCCAAGGAGCUCGCUUCUCAAGGCAUUGAACUUCCCGCUUUUGGCCGUUACGCAACGGGUAUCUUCUAUCUGGAUAAGACUUCGCACGAGGAGGCAGAAAAGGAGUUUAACUCCCUGGCUGAAAGCCUCGGUCUACAGGUGAUCUCCUGGCGCAAUGUUCCCACAAACCACGAAGCAGUCGGUGCAGUGGCACGCAAAAGUGAACCCUUAUCCCGGCAGGUGUUUGUUACCGCCGACGUCGACGAGGAAACCUUUAAGCGACAUGUAUUCAUUUUGCGCAAGCGAGCCACGCACGAGCUGCAGCGUCCGGGCCGCCGGUUCUACAUUUGCUCACUUUCGCCAAAAACGAUCGUCUACAAAGGUCUGUUUACGUCGGACCAGCUGUGGGAGUACUACCUGGAUUUGAAAAAUCCCGAUUUUCUCACCUAUCUGGCGCUGGUGCACACGCGCUUCAGCACCAACACUUUUCCAUCAUGGGAGCGAGCCCAUCCGUUGCGUGUGCUGGCACACAAUGGAGAAAUCAAUACGCUCCGCGGUAAUGUGAACCUCAUGAAGGCGCGUGAAGGUGUAAUGAAGAGCGAGCAGUACGGUGACGAGCUGAAGAAGCUCUAUCCGGUGGUUGAGCCAAACCUGUCCGAUUCCGGUUCAUGUGACUGCGUUCUUGAAUUUUUGACUCAAGUUGGAAAUCGAUCGCUUCCGGAAGCUGUCAUGACGAUGGUGCCGGAAGCGUGGCAGAACGAUCGUACCAUGUCGCAGGAAAAGCGUGACUUCUAUCAUUGGUCCGCUUGUGUGAUGGAACCGUGGGACGGUCCGGCACUGAUUUCAUUCACCGACGGCCGUUACAUCGGUGCCAUUCUCGACCGUAACGGGUUACGCCCGUCCCGCUUCUAUGUUACCCGCGACAACCUGCUCAUCAUGGCUUCGGAAGUCGGCGUUUACGACGUAGAUCCCAAAGACGUUACGCUAAAGAGCCGCCUGAAGCCGGGUCGUAUGCUGCUGGUGGACACCGAGCAGAAGGCGCUCAUUCAGGACAUCGAGCUGAAAUCGGAAAUUGCCAAGUCUCGCCCGCAUAGCGAAUGGCUGAAGCAACAGAUGAUCACGAUGGAUGAGAUUCGGCGCGAAUCAACUGUAAAAACGAACGGAACAUCCGACACGAACGCCAAUGAUGACAGUCAGCUGGUUGAAAAGAAGGGAAUUCUGGAUCCACGUCUGCAGCUGUAUGGCUACACAACGGAGACUAUCCAUAUGCUGUUGCUGCCGAUGAUCAAGAACAAGAAGGAAGCGUUGGGUUCGAUGGGUAACGAUGCGCCACUUGCCUGCCUGUCGGCGUUCCAACCAUUGCCGUACGAAUAUUUCAAGCAACUAUUCGCACAAGUUACUAACCCACCGAUCGAUCCAUUCCGUGAAAAAAUCAUCAUGUCGCUACAGUGCCCGGUCGGGCCGGAGGCAAACCUACUGGUGGCCUCACCCUCGCAGGUACAUCGCAUCUGGUUGGAUAAUCCGAUCCUAAGCAUACCGGAUGCUGAAGUUCUGAAACGGAACCAGCAUCGCGGAUGGAAAACUAAGGUUCUCGAUAUUACAUUCCCAGCGAACGAGGGUCCACCGGGUUACAUAAACGGGUUGCGACGCAUCUGCGCUGAGGCGUACACGGCUGCGCAGAACAGUUACCAGGUGUUGGUGCUGUCGGAUCGUAACGCGUCUGCUGAUCGGGCACCGAUCUCGUCCCUGCUCGCCCUCGGUGCGGUCCAUCACCAUCUCAUCGAGACGCGCCAGCGCAUGAAGGUGGGCCUGAUCGUGGAGACGGCAGAGGCGCGCGAGGUCCACCAUAUCUGCGUGCUGCUCGGUUACGGUGCCGACGCAAUCUGUCCCUAUCUGGUGUUCGAGAUGGUAGGUGCGCUGCGCGAUGAAUGUGUGCUAGAUCCAGCGCUAACAGAUGAUGCGAUUUAUCGUGCGUAUGCAACGGCCGUCGAGACCGGUAUUCUAAAGGUGAUGGCCAAAAUGGGUAUCUCGACGCUUCAGUCUUACAAAGGUGCGCAGAUCUUCGAAGCCGUCGGUAUGGGUGCGGAUGUGAUUGAUCUGUGCUUCCGCGGUACGCAGUCGCGCAUUGGUGGUGUAACGCUGGAGGUGCUGGCACGCGAAGGUCUCGAGCGGCAUGAGCUGGUGCACGGUACGAACCAUGCCGACGCGAAGAUACUGCGCAAUCCCGGCCAGUUCCACUGGCGGGCUGGCGGCGAAGGUCACAUCAAUGAGCCGGGUGCGAUCGCCGCGCUCCAGGAAGCAGCGGUCAAUGAGAACAAGGGUGCGUACGCUACCUUCCGCGAUACGACCAUGCGCAGUGUGCAGCUGUGUACGCUGCGCGGUCAGCUGGAGUUCGCGAAGGGCCGCCCGCGCGUUGAACUCUCGGAAGUCGAACCAGCGAGCGAGAUUGUGAAGCGGUUCGCCACGGGUGCGAUGAGCUUUGGCAGUAUCUCGCUGGAAGCUCACGCCACACUGGCUAUCUCGAUGAAUCGUAUCGGGGGCAAGAGCAACACCGGUGAAGGUGGUGAGAAUGCUGACCGCUAUAUGAACCAGGAUCCGCAACAUAACCGCCGUUCGGCCAUCAAGCAGGUCGCAUCCGGUCGGUUCGGUGUAACGGCCGCGUAUGUUGCCAAUGCUGACGAUCUGCAGAUUAAGAUGGCGCAGGGUGCAAAGCCGGGUGAGGGCGGAGAGUUGCCCGGAUACAAGGUGUCGCAGGAUAUUGCCGACACGCGCCAUUCGGUGCCGGGCGUGGGUUUGAUUUCACCACCACCGCAUCACGACAUCUACUCGAUUGAGGAUUUGGCCGAGCUGAUCUACGACCUGAAGUGUGCCAAUCCCAAGGCCCGCAUUAGCGUGAAGCUCGUGUCGGAGGUGGGUGUUGGUGUGGUCGCUUCCGGCGUGGCGAAGGGCAAAGCGGAACAUAUCGUUAUCUCUGGCCAUGACGGUGGUACCGGUGCUAGCAGCUGGACCGGUAUCAAAUCAGCUGGAUUACCGUGGGAGUUGGGAAUUGCCGAAACACAUCAGGUGCUUGUGCUUAAUGACCUUCGUUCAAGAGUUGUUGUUCAAGCUGAUGGACAGUUGCGUACCGGCUUCGAUGUCGUUGUGGCAGCACUGCUCGGUGCCGAUGAGUUUGGCUUCAGCACUGCACCCUUGAUCGUGAUGGGAUGUACGAUGAUGCGCAAGUGUCAUUUGAACACAUGCCCGGUCGGCAUUGCGACGCAAGAUCCCGUACUACGGGCCAAAUUUGCUGGCAAGCCGGAACAUGUGAUCAAUUACUUCUUCAUGCUUGCGGAGGAAAUUCGCGAAAUCAUGGCGAACCUAGGUCUGCGCCGUUUCCAAGAGCUGAUCGGCCGCACGGAUCUGCUGAAGGUGCGCGAAACAGUAUCGCACAAGGCAUCCCUUCUCGAUCUGCAGAUGUUGCUGAAGAGUGCGCUGGAUUUGCGUCCGGGUACGAACAUCGUGGGUGGCUCUUUGCGGCAGGACUUUGUGCUGGAGAAGCGGGCCGAUAACGAGCUGAUUAAUCGCUCGAUGGGUGUCAUUGAGGGCGGCGAGACGCACAAGACGCUCGACAUGAAGAUCAACAAUGAGGAGCGUGCGUUCUCCAGUACACUUAGCUAUGAGAUCGCACGACGUUACGGCGAUGCAGGUCUACCGGACGGACGUUCGAUCAACAUCAACCUGACCGGUUCGGCCGGUCAAAGUUUCGGUGCGUUCCUGGUGAAGGGUGUCAAAAUGACCUUGCAGGGCGAUGCCAACGAUUAUGUUGGUAAAAGCCUUUCCGGAGGCACAAUCGUAAUUCGCCCACCAGAGGGCACUACCUUCGAAUCGCACCUGAACGUGAUCGUGGGCAACGUGUGUCUGUACGGGGCGACCUCGGGUCGUGCGUUUUUCCGUGGCAUUGCGGCCGAACGAUUCUGUGUGCGCAACUCGGGUGUAACGGCCGUUGUGGAGGGCGUCGGUGAUCACGGUUGCGAGUACAUGACCGGCGGUAUGGUGGUCAUUUUGGGGCUGACGGGACGUAACUUUGCUGCCGGAAUGUCGGGCGGAAUUGCGUACGUACUCGACGUGGAUGGAACCUUCCGUUCGAAGGUGAACCCGGGCAUGGUGGAAUUGCUCGGACUCGACCUAGAUGAGGAUCGUCAAACGGUAAAGGAUUUACUGCAGGAGUUCGUUAACGAGACCGGUUCCGAGGUGGCGAAGGAGCUACUAUCAAAGUGGCCCGAACCUUGCCAACAGUUUGUGAAAGUAUUCCCGUACGAGUAUCAGAAGGCUCUGAAUGCUUUGAAGGAGAAAACGGCAGCCAAGGCGAUCACGGCAAACGGACAUCCGAAGGAACCGCAGGUGAAGGAUAUUGAGGAAUCGAUCCAAGAUGGGCAGCUAGCAAAGAAGAAACUCGACCAGGUACUGGACAAGACGCGCGGUUUCAUCAAGUACAAGCGUGAAACUUCCGUCUACCGUAACGCAGCCGAACGUCAGCAGGACUGGAAGGAGGUGUUCAAUUUCCCGCACGUUCGCACAAACCUGAAGGUGCAGGCUGCCCGUUGCAUGGAGUGCGGCGUACCAUUCUGUCAGUCGAACUCGCACGGUUGCCCGCUGGGAAACAUCAUUCCCAAAUGGAACGAUCUUGUGUUCAAUGGCAACUGGCGCGAGGCCAUCAAUCAACUGCUGCAGACGAACAAUUUCCCCGAGUUUACGGGCCGUGUCUGUCCGGCGCCGUGUGAGGGCGCCUGUGUGCUCGGUAUAUCGGAACCGGCCGUCACGAUUAAGAACAUUGAGUGUGCGAUCAUUGACCACGCGUUCGAGCAGGGUUGGAUAACGCCGCAAGUACCGCAAGUGCGCACGGGCAAACGAGUAGCGGUCGUUGGUUCGGGACCUGCCGGGUUGGCAGCCGCACAGCAGCUUAACAAGGCAGGGCACCAGGUGACGGUGUUCGAGCGCAACGAUCGUCCCGGUGGUUUGCUGCAGUACGGUAUUCCCACGAUGAAGCUAUCGAAGGAGGUCGUACAGCGUCGGCUUGAUCUGAUGGUGGCGGAAGGCAUUGAGUUCCGCUGCAACGUCCACAUCGGGCGCGAUGUGAUGGGUUCGCAGCUGGAGCAGGAGUACGAUGCAGUGCUAUUCACGACCGGCGCUACAUGGCCACGUGAUUUGAACCUGCCGAACCGUGAACUGAAGGGUAUUCACUUUGCGAUGGAGUUCCUGGAGGCGAGCCAGAAGAAGUUGAACGGUGCACGACCGGACUGGAUAUCGGCCGAGGGCAAGGACGUGAUUGUUAUCGGUGGUGGCGAUACCGGGUGCGAUUGUAUCGCAACCUCAUUGCGUCAGGGAGCUAAAUCGAUCACCACGUUUGAGAUCUUACCCAUUCCGUCGGAGAAGCGUGCCCAGGAUAACCCGUGGCCGCAAUGGCCUCGUAUUUUCCGUGUUGACUACGGUCAUGAAGAGGUGCGUGUAAAAUGGGGCAAGGAUCCUCGCCAGUAUUCUACCACAACAAAGGAGUUUGUUAGUGACGGUAAUGGAAGCAUCAAGGGCGUUAAUACGGUUCAGGUCGAGUGGACGAAAACGCCCACCGGCCAGUGGAACAUGAAGGAGGUGCCCGGAUCGGAGAAAUACUAUCCCGCCGAUUUGAUCCUGCUAGCCAUGGGUUUCUUGGGCCCGGAAAAACAAGCACCUACGGAGAUGAAUCUGGAACUGGACGGACGGGGUAAUAUUAAAACCAGCGUUGGAAUGUAUGGUACAACCAAUCCGAAGGUUUUCGCCGCCGGUGACUGUCGCAGAGGUCAAUCGCUCGUAGUGUGGGCCAUCACGGAGGGACGUCAAGCGGCCAGACAGAUCGACACUUACCUUAUGGGCAAACCGAGCGCUCUUCCCGGUCCGGGCGGUGUCAUCGAUACCACGCGAUCGCCGAUUGCUGCAAAUGCCUAAACGUAACGAUGGGAACGCGCGCUUCGUCAAACCAGGCACGUGCAAUGAAUCAGCAGCCGAAACAGGAAAAGUGAAUUGAACACUGCAAAGAAAAGGAACUCCUUUCUUCCCCGGAAGGUCAUUUUUUGUGACUUGGCAAUAGAGAUAUGAGCCGUUGGUGUGGCAUAUUUAUUACGAAACAAGUUACAUUAUUCCUUACUUGCUCUGCUGUAGGAAGCACUCUGCUCCGUCGGCCCUCACAUCUGAUCUUUACGGUAUGUUGAAGCAGUAGCAGCCAAAGGCACGUUCAAAUAGUUUCUGAUAUAAGUAUGCUACGGCGCACAAUGGUCUGUAAUAGUAAUGGUAACAGAAGAACAACUUAUAUGUUAAUGUUUGGAAGGUACCAGGUAUCUUUCAUUACAGCGUCCUUUGCAAAAAAUAGAGGGACAGUAAACAGCAACAAUAACAAUUGCUAGCAGAUUUAAGCAGGAAAAGCAGCGGUGACGACGAACCAGACAUACAUUGUUGAAGAAAUUAUUAUAAAACGAAAGUGACAUAUUGAUCUCACUUUCUGAUUUCGUCAUUCCUGUGCAUUAUAUACACACAGUGUAGUGAAAGAAUUGCAACGCUGUUCAAUCAUGCAUUUUACUGUUUUUUUUUAAUUCACUACAUACAGGUUGUUUUGUAUUCAGUCAUUAGUUCGUUCGCCACCGCCCCUGCUCGAUAUUGCCACCGGCAGUAUAAAGUGCAUUUUAAGGAAUAGUUUACGUUUCCCCUCAAAGAAGGAUACCAUAUAAUUGAAUAGUGAAAAAGAAGCAACAGGCGAAACCGAGUAAACAUAAUCGUAGAAUGAAAUCGAAUCCACCCAUGUCAAAACCCUUGCUAACCAUAAAAUGGUGAGAUGCUUGAUCUUAGUGUUUUUGUUUAGGGUUAGGCAAUACGACGGGUCCACAGUGGCAGAUGCGAUGAAGGCGGCGGACGAUGGAAUUAAUUUAUUUUGUUUUAUUUCUUCGCUACACAUAAGCAGUAAUAUAGGCACUGGCGCGAAAAGUACAUCAUUAUGAAGCACGCGCCAGAUAUAGUUCGCACACUGCACCACUCAGCACAUGAUCAUGUCCAAGGUGACUCAAUGCACGGUGCGUGCAAAAUGUUAUUGUAUUAAUGGGAAGGAACGCUUUGUGUCCACUUUUAGUUUAGAACAAUCAUCAGAUUACUUUUGUUUUAAUUUUACCUAUAAGUGAAGUGCGACUGUCUUAACAGAGUGUGGACAGCGAUGAAAUGAAUAAGCUAAGCUUUUUUUUAAUGCGCUGAGGUAAACACGAAUGCCGUAUAUCCCCUUUCAUUGUACCAUCCGAGAUCUGUGUUAUAGGUUGCUUAGGGUGCGUUAAAAUAAUAUCAGAAAGUUAGAGAAUUUUAAUGACGUUUUUUGUUGUUUGUUUUGGACGAAAUAUUUUAUUUUUCUAAAAACGAGGAACGAAGCUCUUUUCUAGGAAGAAUGGUUAGUCUAGAAAAUAUACCGUAUUUCUAUUUUUUUUCCCUCGAUUUUGUUUUUAUUUAGAUCGCGAUUACGUGUAGUCACAGCCACAAACAAUUUAUCACACCCACGGCCCGAGGGGAAAAGAAAUUUUGAACAUAACCAACAACGCAAAACUUACCUCAAACUCUCUAUACCUGCGUGUGUGUGUUUCGGAAGAAUUUAAAACUAUAUCAAUUUGUGCGUUCCAGUUAUCCAUUCGUUGUACGAAAUUCGUGGAAAAUCAUUGCACUCUACCGUCGUAGUGUAAUGCAAAAACACCCAAGGAAAAAAAACACCCGGCAAGGCCGGGACUCAUAUAUAUAUCCGGCCUUUUUGAAGUCAAUUAGACACGUUAUACAGACACACAACCAUUGAACGUCCGUAUGAAUUAUAAUCACUUUCAUCACAGGCGUUUCGUUUCACCGAUCGCAUUAAGAACGUUACAAACGUGUUGCACUCAGCACAAGUUAUCCAAUCAUAAAGGAAUGCAAAUCUUCCAGUUAAUGUUUGAUCGCUCCUUCAUGCUCUACUCGCACUGCGGGAGUUGCUUUUGACUAAAGCUUUCACUCUUCGGAAAAGGAAAAAUAGAAAUCCCGCAGAUGAGUGAAGUGUGAAGAAGCACAUGAGAGUUACGAGCGGGAAAUCCAGUUCCCGAAAAGGGAUAUCAGCCGGUACCAUUUGAGGACGUGUUAUGACAAUAAUUAAUGUGGAAAAGCAUAAGAUUGAAUAUAUGACUAAGCGAUUGGGGGAGGGUCUCAAAAGCGAGAAAAUUAAGGAAAAAUUAACAGAAAAAUAAUUUAAACUAUAUACCCAACUAUGAAGAAAUGAAAUGUUCCGUGCAUUACUAAACUUUGCCAUGCCAAACGUGUUUAGAGCAUACAUACUGCUGUAAAUGUUUAUACUCUUUCAUGUUUACUGGAAAGACAACUAUCACCACAGCGCGAAACCCCAAUUAACCGAUGUGUCUAUUUACAAAAAUGCUGCAUACAUCAAUUAAACAAAACAAAAAAUAGUAAUAACAUAAAACCAUCUUAAAUGACAACAACAACAACAAAAACUAAUAGUUCCAUCAGUUCGUUUUUACGAACUGGGAAGAAAAAGCUCAGAUAUAUUUUAACAUUCAUAACAUGCGAUUUCAAACGAGAUGUAAACAACAAAUAUGAGCUAGUCGUUCAUGAAAAUAGGAAAAAUUACAUUAAUGAAACAUUUGAAACAAAUGAAAAAAAAGUCAAACAUGACCAUAAAAUUGUUGAAAAGAAGACAAAACCGUCGAUAAGGCAUCGCUGAAAACAAAACAAAAUUUUAAUAUGUGUGAGGUGCAAUGAUGAAACCUUACAUAAUAUAUAUUAUACAAUUUACAUCGUUGUUAGUAUUUGUUGCGAUAGCGCGAAGGAUGCAGCAUCAACUGCACUUAUGAUAUACACAAAUGCUAGACGUAUUACAACGCUUAUACAGUUCUGGUAAUGCUUAUCAAUAUUUACAACUACAAAUGUGUGUACAACAACACGGCCUGCAGUAAACAUUGAAUGAUUUUCGACUUCACGAGAAAGCUCCGUGUAGUAUGUUUCGAUUGCAAUAAUGCGCAUCAUUUGAUGUACACUGGCUACAUUUAUUUUAAAAUGUAACACAAAACUGUAACACAGUAACAGUUUACAAAACUUUGCAUUCGUUCGUUAGUUCUUCUGAAAAAAAAUGAUGCUUCCAUGCACGCAAAAUAUCGAUUACAUCUAAAUAUGCUUAAAUUAUUAAGAAGCAAAAAGCAUUUGCCGUUGUUAAAUUGUUCUAAACUGUGACGCUUGGAAACUGGUUGGCAAAACAAAGACACUCAAACUUAAAAACCAAACUUAUGGCAUGUAUGUUCCAUAUGCAAAAAAAAAUACUUUACACAUUAUAAACAAAAUAUAUACACAAAACGCUGUAACGUAUCUUACAACCCUGUUCAAUAAAUGUAGAACUUGAAAAUGGA